AUGACUUCAGAAUUUAAUCUAUCUCCUUCUGAUGCACACCCUGAGACAAUGGAUUUCCUUUCACUUGCUUGGUGUAACUUUGCUGUACAAGCUCUGAAACCUGAACCACAACAUGGUUCACUUGUUCUACUUGAUAAUUCUAUGAAUCAAUUUGAUUCUAGUAGCCCCAUGUCUCAGCCUACAAGUGCUGGUGGAAUGGAUGAUGCAGAUUUCAUGUCUAUACCUCCGAUGAAGUCUAAUAAUGAUCUUAAGUCAUGGAUAUGGAUGCAGCAAGCUAUGCAUCCUGAAUUGAAUUACAAAAGCAGUUUAAGAAAAAAAUGGGUGCCAUGGAAGCAGAUACUACCAAUGAAAGGCAUGUCAAUAAAGAAAUGGUUUAAGGAGAUAAAGGUGAAGAGGAAAGAAGAGCAAAGAUUGCAAAGAGCAGAAGUGCAUGCAGCAAUGUCCAUUGCAGGAAUUGCAGCAGCACUUUCUGUAAUUGCUUCUGAAAAAUCAAAGAAAGAGUCAGAUGAAGAUAGAGAAUCAGCAAUAGCUUCUGCGGCUGCUAUGGUAGCUGUUCAGUGUGCAAAAGUAGCUGAAGCCAUGGGAGCUAAGAAAGAAGAUCUUAGAAGUGUUAUUGGCUCAGCCAUGAAUGGAACAAGUGCUAGUGAUAUCUUAACUCUCACUGCUGCUGCUGCAACAUCAUUAAAGGGAGCAGCCACACUUAAAGUAAGAUCAGGAUGCAAUAACAGAUUGAAUGGAGGAUCACCCAUGUUGCCAAUUGAAGAAAAGUAUGAUUUGGAUUUUGAUUUUGAAAAAGGAAGAUUGAUUCUUGCACAAGGUGCUGAGUUGUAUGUGGAAUCACCAGAAGGGAAGUACAUGCCAAGAUCAGUGUCAAUAAUCCUCAACAGUGAAGCCAAGGUUGUACUGAUGAUGAGGAAACAUAAUCUACUAAAAAGCAAAAAGGAAAGUAUUAUAAUGAACAUGCAUGCAGAGCUGUAUAAAGGUUCAAAAACUGAGGAUGAUCAUACAUGUUAUUUGAUUGUUUUGGCAACAAGAAAAGGAACUUUCAAGAUAGACAUGGUGGAUGAUCUUCGUCGUUACAAGACAUGGGUCACUACUAUCAAUCAUAUGCUCAAGAUUUCAUCUUCUUUUGCUAAAUAUGAGCUCCAAUUUUACUGA